AUGUCUAUGAAACCCAGAAUCAAAAACUUCUUUGGAGCAGCCAGACAGUAUGUAGUAUCGGGUGCCUCCAACAACCCUAGCAAAUUUGGGUUCAAAAUUACCCUGUGGUACGUUGCUCAUGAUCUUCCUGUCAUUCCAGUGAACCCAAAAGAGAAAGAGAUCCUCGGAAAAGAAGUGAUCCCAUCGGCAGAGGAGGUUCUCAAGCUGGUGAUUGAGGCAAAAGAUGUUGGUGAGCAUAAAUUAUCACAAGUUGACGGAGUAAGUAUUUCUUUCUUGACCCCACCUUCGGUCACAGCUAGUACCCUCAAGCAACUUUCAACUGUGGAAGGAUACAAAAAUGCCAUAAAAGGAUUAUGGUUCCAACCGGGAAGCUACGACAGAGAGGUGAUAGCUGUUAGUGAACAGAUCGGCUUGUUCGACAGGGUUGUAUAUGAGGACGAAUGUAUCUUGGUCAGAGGAGAGGAGGGCCUUUAUAGUGCUAACUUAUGA